AUGAACACUCGAGCGAAACCAACCGUCGUCUUCUGGCAGUCUAGCGACCUCGCCCUAUUCCCGAGGGACUAUGCAUCUUCUAUUGCAGCGGUGAUUGGUGUUUCAUUCGACGGCUCCGCAGCGUCCUCUUCACUACCAUCCAUCACCUCGCAAGAUGCAGACUCCGGACCAUCGACUUCGUCUCCGCCCAUCACAUCACAAAAUACGAACUCCGGCUUAAGUCCAGGUGCCAAAGCUGGUAUUGGAGUUGGGGUGGGUAUUUUCGUUAUACUAGGCGUCGUGUUCUUCUUAUUCCUAUGGCGAAGGCGGAAACAGCAACGACAACAGAAGCAAGAUGCACAGCAACCAGAGCAGGAGCCCUCGGGCGAGAUUGGGGUAUCGGAGAUGGAUGGUGAUGCGAACGGAUCGAAACGCUUUUUGAGUGGCCAUUGGAGGGCUGAGACGGAAGCACCGUCGGCUCCAGUCGAGGCUGGAUCGACGAGUGUGCAUAUCAUACCCGGACCACCUGUAGAACUCGACGCUACACACACGAGAGGAGGAGAAUGA